AUGGACGCCGGCACGGUGGCAGUCAAGCUAGCUGAGCUGUCAGAGAUUGUAGGCUGCGCGCUUUGUCAUGGGAUUCUACGAGACGCACACACUAUUCCCGACUGUCUUCACUCAUUUUGCAAAAGCUGCAUUUAUCGACAUUUUCUUGUAAAGGGCAGCAGCAUCUGCCCUAAGUGCAACAAAAUUCUGAAUCCUCGACCGAUUGCUUCAUUAGUCACGGAUCAAAAGCUUCAGACAGUGGUAGACCACAUUUUUCCUGAAUUUAAAGAGAAAGAAGUGAUUCUAGAGAAGGAGUUCUAUACCAAGUUUGAUUUUAAACUUAAGACAGACAAGAAAACCGAUGAUGUAUCUGGAAGCACCAGACCAAUACGUACAACCACGAGCUUGUGUCAACGACGAUCAAAGAACUCGACAAAACCCGCAAAGCCAUAUAAUACCAAGUUGAGUACUAUUGGAGACAGCACCACAAGUAACAGACAUUUAACGAUUGAGGUUUACCCACAACAGACGAAUAUCAACACAUUACCAAUGCUAAAAUUUCCCUUCAUGCAGGUAAGCGGUGACCUUAAGAUGUCUGAGCUGCUUAAAGUAGUCCGAAAGCGUCUGAUGAUAUCUGUUGAAGUAAAGUUGGAGAUGGCAUGCAUGGGCACUACCGUCGGGCCGGAACUUUCGGUCUUUUUCAUCCAGCGUACAAUUUGGCACCAUCAAAAACAAAAGGAACCGCUCGUGUUGCACUAUCGACACAUGACGUCAUGA